GUUAGGCUAAAACGUAAAAGCAUCAUUUCCGACUACACAUGUGCCGAGUCUGCCGACAUUAGAUCUUUCUUACCCAUCUUUCAACUGGAUCUAUUACAUUAUGGCGGAUUUAAAUUAUAUCAACGUGAGCAGCCUGAACUUGUCCGUUCCCGAUAUCAGUAAUGAUACCGUUAUCAACGGGACCUGUCCAUGGGGCAAUGACACACAGUACGAUCCCGAUCCGACGUUGGAUAUGGUGUAUGGCGUGGGAUUCGGGGUGCUGUUUGUGAUCUGUACGAUUGGGAAUAUAAUCAACAUUGCGGUCUUGUCGGCCAUGAAAUCAUCACAGAGUUCGGCGGUGUAUUUAUUGGCCAUGGCCAUUGCCGAUAUUGUCACAGUGUGGUUGUAUUUCUGGCAGUUUCUCUUCACCGUUCGACCGGACAUUUUCGUAUCGACCAACGGAUUCGACUGGUUUAACGACAACAUUCAGGGCGCUUACGUGUGGCUGCAGCAAGUCUUUAUGGCGUUUUCAUAUUGGGUUCUUGCGGCGUUUUCCUCCGAGCGUGUAAUAGCUGUGAUUAACCCUUUGAAAUUUCGCACGACUCGCCGUACCACACAGAUUCUGGUCAGCUGCAUCUUUAUCUACUGCUGCAUAUCCAACAUUUGCCGGCUGGUAACACAAUACUGGAUGUGGGCCAAUCUGGAUAUCGACACGUUUGAUAAAGAGAGCGCCAGUAUGUUUAGCUCAACCUGGCCAUCGUGGCUGACAACGUGGAAUUCCGUACAAGUCGUCUACACUAAUGUGGAAGUGUUCAUCGUUUGUACGAUCCUUAUCGCCAGUACCACCAUCAUCCUGACCUCCAUCGUGCGCCACCAGAAGACCCUGGGCAUCCGUGCCACCACCAACUCGGCGGUGUCCGACAAGAAGAACAAGAAGGAUUUCGGCCGCACCAUUCUCAUUGUGACCUCCAUCGGUUUUUGUCCUCUCGCAGCUACCCAGUACCAUCAAUGACACUCUCAAACUGUUGUCCAACUAUCCUUACUGCUACUUGGAGUAUCCGCUGUACUUUAAACUCUGGCGACCUUUCCAGGCCAUGAUCCUCAUCCCCAACAGCGUCAACUUCUACCUAAACUUCGCCUUCAGUAAGAAGUUCCGGCAGGAAUUUGUCGACCUCUUGCAGUGGGUUAACAUGAAAACCGUGAAGAAACGAUCAAAGUUCUUGGAGACCCAUGGCACCAAACAGCGCGCCGCUCUGCGUAUGAGUGACCGCAAUGCGUCACGAAUUAGUACGAUCUCCACGGUGACGAUGGAUGUGGAAAUGGAAACGCCGAAGAUCGCAAAGAAAAGCACUACAAAUAACGUUGUACAACCGUUGUUGAAAAAGAAUGUGGAGUUUAAUCGGGCGCCGGCGUAUACCAACCCGACAAUCAUCGAGGAUGAUGAGGGGAGUGUUAUGGAGAUCAAGCUGGAUGAAGAGCCAGAGACCGAGACGGUCUUUAGCGAAGAUCGUGUUGAAUCGGUGGAUAUCUUGGAUUCCGGAAACGCCACCUUGGCAUCGACACCCAGUGGGACUAAUUUCACAGUCGGAGAUGACGUUCAAGAUCUCGGCAGCGAGACCAUGAGCUCAGAGGAGGACCUUAGUGAUGAAAUGCAGGACAAUGUGGAUGAAUUACUCCGGCCAUCUACUGGUAGACGGUUUACGUGGUGGUACGGUAAUGAAAGACCGCUGAGAGACUCGGAACGAAGAAGAGCCUCCCAUUCCCACUGAUGUUCGCUGCGAAUUUUUUAUAUAGUGUAUAAGGACCAUUAGUGAUUGUUCAUUAAAGACUGGUGUUUGAUUUACAAGCGCCGGUUAUGUCUUUCUAAUUGUACGAAGUGAAAGCUUUGUGCAAUAACCCGCUGUUUUGUUUCUGAGCAGGUGCUUUCAUUGGCGUAAAUUGUUUUGCAUU